AUGAAUUUCUCACAGGAUCGGUUCGAUGCGGAGGCGUACGCGGAGGAGCAGAUGGAGGAGAACGACGAAUGGUUUCCCUCGCCCCCUACAGGAGGUGCGGCGGCUGGCAGCAGAGCUGACGGGGAUCAGGCGAGACAUGAGACGGGACGGCUCUUCUUGAGGCGCCUCAGAUGCUGUCCCUCCUCACUCGCCAUUGUUCCCCUUGCUCCCCUCACUCAUUUCCCUCGCCCCCUGGGCCCUUACACAGGAGGUGAGGCGGCUAUCACAGGAGCUGAUGGAGUUCAGGCGAGUCAUGAGACGACUCUCGAGGCGCCUCAAAAGCUGUCUCUCCGCACUCCCCUUGUUUCUAGCCCACUGUUCCCCUUGCCCCUCAUUCCCCUUGCUCCCCCUUGCUCGCUCGUUUCUCUUGCUCCCCUCACCUCCUUCCUCCCCCCCUCCCCCGCCGCCCACAGGAGCACAUCCAAGCAGAUCUCGGCCUUUCAGGUGCAGCUGAAGCGCAUGCGCGAGAUGCUGACGCUCAACACCCAAAUAUCCGCGUUUCAGGUGCAGCUGAAGCGCAUGCGGGAGAUGCUGACGCUCAACACCGCGCUCAUCCACUCCCUCGCGGAGAAGGGCAGCUGCCAGAGCCGCACCAUCGCACUCUCGCUCUUCGCCCACUCCUCGCCGCACCACAGCAGACGCAGGUCUGAAGGCGGGGGGAUUCACGAUGAUGGGUCCGACUCUAGCCAUACGCCGGACCAUUCUGUGCAUUCCUCUCCCCCUGUAACCCCGCAUGCGGGUUGGCAUGGGGCCGGGGCGAAGGAGAGUGGUCAGGUGUGGGCUGUUGGGAGCAUCGGGAGUGGGGUUAUGGUGAAGGAUGGAGAGGGGGGAGGGGAGGUGAGGCUGAGAAGGAGAAGGACGAGGGGGAGGGAUGGCGAUGGCUGGGAGGAGGAGGAAGAGGAGGAGAAUGGGAUGGAGGAGGGGUGGGAUGAGGAGGAGAGGGAGCCGACGGAGAUGGAGCGGUAUGCGGAGGCGUUACCGGAUGUACUGGAUGGGCUUAUAACGGAGCAGAAAAUUGAUCAGGCGAUUGAGUUGCUGGAGCAGGGGCAGCAGAUGGCGCAGCUCUCGUUACAGUCACAUGAGCGGAGGAGGAACGAGGAGGGGGAGUUUGCUGAAGGGGAAGCGGGAGAGGGUGGUGGAGAAGGGGAGGGAGGGGAGGAGGGUGGGGAGAGAGGAAAGGUGUGGGAUGGAAAGGGUGGUGGGGAGGAGAGGGAAGAAGGGCGGGUGGAAAGGUGGUUGAGAGAGGAGGACGGGGGAGGGGAAGGGGAAGAGGAGGAGGCUGAGGCGGGAGAGGAGGAGGAAAAGGAGGAGGAGGAGGGGGAGGGGGAGCAUGGCGAGCAAAGAAGAGCAGGGUCAGAGCAGGGUUGGGAUGAGACGCCUCUCACAAAGAGGUCUCUUACCGGGGGAACGCGUAGAGAGGAGUGGGGGUAUGUGUAUGAGGGUAUGGGGAAGGGGACCAGCGUGGAUGGUGCGCCCAUAGGAGGAGGGGGCUUGAGAGGCAGCUUGAAAGAGAGCCUGAAAGAGGGCUUGAAAGAGGGCUUGAAAGGAGGCUUGAAAACGAGGCCUCGAGCGAGGAGUGUGGAGGAGAACGUGGGGAAUGCAGGGUUGGCGGGCGAGAGGUUAGGGAAUGGGGAUGUGGAGGAGAGCUCACGGCAGGGGGGUAGCUUUCAGGGCAGGAGGCGGAACGCUGCAAAAGCGUCUGCAGCUGCUGCUGCUGCUAGAGCUGUUGAGGCGGCAGCAGAGGGAAGGGAAGGGGAAGGAACAGAGGGGAGGAAAGAAAGGGCUGAAGUCUUGAAUAAGAGGAUCAUUUCUAACAAUCAACAGCAGAGUGUAAAGGGUGGAAACCCCCCUCAGAAAUUAUCCAGCCAAGGAGGAGAGCACCAGAAAGGGGACACCCAGGGCACGGCUGAAGCCACAGCCACGGGUGGUGAUAGUAAAAAUUCUGACAGCACUGUCGUUCCGGGCGGCAGUGAACUCGUUCCGGGCGGCAAUAUUAUCCCUGAAACCGAACCUCCGGCCGGCGGCGCUCCAGCGACCGAGCUUCUAAGCGAGCCGGCCGCGCUGGCGCUGUCAGCAGCAAUAGCAGAGCGCCACGUGGUGCUGGUUGCUGAGCUGGAGCGCACGGCAAAGCACUCGGACGUGCUGGGGGAGGAGCUGCGGUUUGCGGUUACCGGGUUGAUGCGGCUGGGGGAGCUGGAGUUAGCACAUCAGCUGCUGCUGGGCGCGUAUGGGGAGAGGAUACGGCGGAGUGCCCGGUCGCUGCAUCGCUCCGCCACUGGGUUUGGCGGGUCGUACACUGCUGCUCUGUCUCAGAUUGUCUUUUCUGCCAUAGCCCAGGCCACGGCCGACUCAGCCAUAAUCUUCGCCGACCAACCAGCCUGCUCCGCGGAUCUCCUCCUGUGGGCGCGUCGCGAGGUCACCUUCGCCUUCUCCCUCCUCCGCCGCAACAUCCUCUGCUCUGCCGCCUCCCCUGGCGGCCUCCACGCCGCCUCCGAGUGUGUCUGCAUCUCCCUCGGCCACGCGCGCUUACUCGAACCUCAGGGGAUCUGCCUGGCGCCCAUGCUAGGCGAGCUCAUGCGGCCCAGUGUGAUGGAGGCGCUAGAGUUUAACAUUCUGAGGAUCGAGGAUGCGGUGGUGUCGGUCGCAACGACCGAUGAGUGGCGGUUGGAAGCGGUUGACUUGGGUGCUCCGGCGCUGAUGAGAUUGAGGGGGUGGGGCGGCGUGCUGGGGCUAGGCGGGUUGAGGAUUAGGCUGACGCCGAGUGCUCAGCGGUUCUACCUGCUACUCGUGGACCUGGUCGAGGAUAUACUCCCUGUAAUCAGCCUCCAUUUAUUGGAUAAGGUUCUUGAUGCCAUCGCAACGCAGUUCGAGUGUUUCGCUAGCCUCAUGGAGCUGGCGCUACCUGAGAUUCCACCUGACGCCACCCUGCCCCCGGCACCUGGUUCUGUUGGUGCUCGGGCACAGAGACGGAGGCGAGAAAGGGCGCAGAAGUUGGUGGAGGGGGGAGGGGACGAGGGGUGGAAAGGAGGGGGAGUAAGAGGGCACAAGGGAGGGGUGAGUGGGAGUGCGGAGGGUGUGACUGUGUCAGAUAGGAUGGAAGGAGAUGUGAUGGGAGGGGAAGAGGGAGGGGACACAACGGAGGAGAGAGGGCAGAGAGGAAGGGAUGCAGGGGAGGGGAAGGGACAGGCAGAGGGGGAGGAGGAGGAGUGGGAAGAGGUGUCCAUAUCACGGAACAUCAGUCAGCAGAGACUGUCAAAUGGUGACAGUGCUAACGCUGCUGCUGCUGCAGCCGCUGCUGGCGCUUUAGGUACUGCUGCUGCUCUUGCUGCUGGUGAUCAAGAUGUUGACACAAUCGACCACAGUAACCCGCUGCUGGACCCUCCAGCAAACAGCUGGCACGUGUACCAUGUUCAGGAGGCAGAGACAGAGGCGCAGCAGCUGGCUGUGCUGGGGAAUGUAGCUGCUCUGGCCGAUGAGCUGCUUCCCAGGCUUGCAGUGAGGCUGACUAUAGCGGAUAUAGAGGAUGAGGAAGGGCUGGGGUAUUUGGGGGAGGAUGAGGAGGAGGAGGAGGAGGGCUCCACCCCUCCUUGUCGCACAUACAUUCGCCCACCCUCCCUCGUCCCCCCAUGUGCCCGCAGCAACCGGGCGAAGCACAAGGGGUGGAGGGCGCGCAUUCAGAGAGCCUCGCGGAGGAUUCGGGAGAUCUUCUGUGCGUCGCUGUGGGGCGGGUUUGUGUUCAGCGAGAGUGGGGAGCGCGUGCUGUGUGCAGACGAGUACCUGGGCAUGGAUGCAUGCACCAAGCUGCAGCAGUGGAUGAUGCACCCCCUGCCAUCGCCGCCCUUCCAGGCUUUAUUCCUCACAGUGAAUGCCGUGCAAUCAAGCCUAGAGCGGGUGCUGAGGGGGCAGGAAGGCAUGCACAGGAGGCUGCUGAGACGAGUCAUGGAGUGGCUGCUAUCGGGUCUGCUUAUAGAGAGUACAAUGUGGGAAGACAUUCAGGCCGCUGAUCCACCCCUUGGGCCCAUUGGCCUGCACCAGCUCGUGUUUGACAUGUAUUUCGUGGUGCAAGCAGCGCACAGCGGCAAGACCUCCUCUCCGCUCAUCCGGGGGCUGGCAGAAGAUGCCGCCACACGGGCGAUUGUGGCUUACAGUGCACGCACAGGGGAGGACCCCAAAAGGCUAGUGGAGGAGGACUGGUGGUAUCAGCACAAGUGCCAGACGGUACUAGAAGAGCUCAAAGAAGCAGCAAGCCAGCCCACCAGCCCCACUGCAGCAUCUACUUCCACCACCACUCCCUCAACGUUUGUCUCCGACUCGCCGUUUUCAUGGCUUCACAGCAACAGCAUCAAGGGCAAUGGGGACGGUGACAGGGGCGCGGGGAUGCCAGAGCUCAAGGUAAUCAAGCGGUCGGUCGUUUCGUUUUCCGGCAUGAGGGCUGCGCCUCCGCCCAUUAGAGACGCCCGUAGCUACACCACACUGUGA